GACAAGCUCACAUGAGCCCAACCAGAUAAUACGUGAGGUCCCCGCGUAUAAACUUGAACAGAAUUUAUUCAGGAGGAAGAAAGAAAAAUCGCCUAACUUAUUCAGAAGUUUCCAGGUGGGAGGAAGACGAAUCCCCUCUGCUCUUCUUUUCCUCUGGAAAAUCAUUUUUUCUUUCUUUCUUUCUUUCUUUCACUUUCCCUCCCGUACAGAUUUCUUUCAUUUCGUUUCAUUAGCUUCUAUUCUAUCCUUCUCCCUCAUCUUACAUGUAUUACUAAUUUCAAGGUCAACUUAAUUGCACUCUUCCCUUCCAAACGUCCUCUAUGGUGGGGGAUUCUCAUUCUGUGCAGUUUCUGUCGUGGUCAAAUUAAGAUCGUUACUCUCUCUCCCAUUUGGAGAAUAAUCUCUAGCCCUACCUAUAUCUCAACCUUCAUUCGCUCAAUACAACAAUAGAUCCACCCAGCUGCAGAUGGAUUUUGGAUCGCCUUUUACCGAAGAUGACCAGAUGAGUAAAGCUAAUAAGCUUCCUUUUUCUUACUCAUCUUCCUCCUCUCCUUCGUCUUCCUCCUCCCACCACCACAAGUUAACCCAAAUCUAUGACAACCCCCAGCACCACCAUCAAAUGGCUUCGUGGUUAGGCACCAAGUACGAAACAGCGCAGGAGGACACUUCCACCGGAGCGAAUAAGCUUGACCUUAUGGACGUAAACGAUGACGAGGAUCAGUCGGUUGCUGUCGUAGAGAAGGAGCACAUGUUUGAUAAAGUGGUGACUCCGAGCGACGUGGGCAAGCUAAAUCGACUUGUAAUCCCUAAACAGCAUGCAGAAAAAUACUUCCCAUUAGAUUCAUCUACCAACGAGAAGGGGCUCCUUUUGAAUUUCGAGGACAGGACUAGAAAAGCUUGGAGAUUCCGUUACUCCUACUGGAAUAGCAGCCAGAGCUAUGUCAUGACCAAGGGUUGGAGCCGCUUUGUAAAGGACAAGAAGCUCGACGCCGGUGAUAUCGUCUCGUUUCAGCGAGGAAUGGGUGACUCCGGAAAGGAUCGUUUGUAUAUUGAUUGGAGGCGCCGUCCUGAUGCACCCGAUCCGACCUCUCACAACCAACACCGUCACUUGUCAUCCAUCCCUUGGAGCCCGCUACUGAUGCGGCCGCCUGCAGUGCCUAUGGUGCCUAGGGACCACCUCCACUUAUCCAACCCCAACAGGAAUAUGUACAAUUACAAUAUUGGUUAUGGUUACGCUUACAGUAGCAGCAAUAGUUCAUCGACGGGGACAAUAGUUUACAUGAGAUCGGCAGCCCCACAACAGGUUGGAACGGGCAUGGUGCAACGGCAGCAAGGAGGAGGAGGUGGGUUUGUGGAGCCAAUGGUGUAUGAGUCGGUGCCGGUGGUCCAAGGGAAAGCAGCACUAAAGCGGCUGAGGCUUUUUGGAGUAAACAUGGAUUGCCUAAUCAUGGAUUCUCAAGAAUGUGACAAAAUAAUGUCCUCGCCUUUACCUAUUGCUAUUCCUUCUUCUUCUUCCACAAUGGCUCAACUCUCUUCAGCCUCACAUAAUCCUCUCCAAUUAAGGCACUAUAAUGGCACACAGCUCCCUCCACCACCCACCCAAUUUCUUCACAAAGGGAAGUCAUCCAUGUCUCUUGAUUUGGAAAUUUAAUUGAUUUCUCUCUCUUUCCUUCUUUCCAGACACGUUAUUUUUAAUUCUCUUUUGUUCUAUUUCUUAAUUGUUAAUGCUCACCCAAAACUUCUAAAAAUGCUGCUCUAAUUCAUCACAAGCUCAAUAAUGAGGGAUGGGAUUGUUCUGAUCAUGAUUAUUAGCACACAAGAAGUACUGGAGGUUUGGGGUGUUCGAAGGAUUAAUUUUAUUAGCGAUAAUUAAGGGCGAAAGGACCCUGGAGAAAGCUCUUCUUUCUUUUUUUAACUCUUUGUAUAAAUAUUUAUAUGUAAUACUGCAAUAUUAUUAAUUAUAUAAAUAGAUAUCCAUAUGAGACAUAGAUCCAUGUCCCUGGAGAUUUCAUGUUUUUUUUCUUUUUGUAGGAUCUGGAUUUCCCCAAAUAUAUAUGUAUCAAUGACAUGGUUUCUCACCAAUUUUUAAUUUCCAACAGUUUUUUA